AUGGUCCUCAAUAUCAUAGUGACGAAUUCGCCCAGUUUGCAAAGGAGUGGGGAUUCAAACACAGUACCAGCAGCCCUCGUUAUCCUCAAGCGAGUGGAACGAGCAGUAAAGACAGUGAAAAACAUCCUGAAGAAGGAACAAGACCCAACAAAAGCACUACUGGCAUAUAGAUCAACACCAUUAGCAAGCGGAUACUCUCCAGCAGAACUCCUUAUGGGAAGAAAGAUAAAGUCAACAAUACCAAUAACGCUACCACAUUUAACACCACAACUGCCAAACCAGAAACUCUUCAUAGAAAAGGAAGAAGUAUAUAGAUCGAAGCAGAAAAAGAACUUUGACAAUCGCCACAAAGCUCAACCAUUAAAACCUCUACCACCAGGAGCACCAGUUUACAUCACAGACAUGGAUUGUACCGGAACAGUAAUUAGACCAUCAAAGAAACCAAGAUCAUAUCUGGUUGAUACUCCUACAACGGUAGUAAGACGAAACCGAGUACAGCUGCAAAACAUUCCCAAGGACAUUGAUAAGAAACAAGACCAACAGGAAACAACACCAUCAUUAAAUAUAAAUAGCAGACCUAACAGAAUUAAAACAUUGUCUUUGAAAGCAAGAGAAAAUCUUGGACUAGAGUAG